GGCGGCGCCCGACAGCAGCUGGAGGAGCGGUUCGCCGACCUGGCCGCGAGCCACCUGGAGGCCCUCCGCGCGCGGGACGAGCGGGACCGGCAGAACGCGCGGCUGCGCGAGGAGAACGCCCGGCUGCGGCUGGAGAACCGGCGGCUGAAGCGCGAGAACCGCAGCCUCUUCCGUCAGGCCUUGCGGCUCCCCGGCGAGGGCGGCGACGGGGCGCCCGCGGGCCCCGAGGAGGCCGGCACGAACCGGAGGGCGAGAGGCGGCGGCCCCGAGGACGAGCCGGGCAGCCCCCGGGCCCUGCGGGCUCGGCUGGAGAAGCUGGAGGCCAUGUACCGCCGAGCCCUGCUGCAGCUGCAUCUCGAGCAGCGGGGGCCGCGUCCGCACGGGGACAAGGAAGAGCCGCCUCCGCACGAACCCGACUCGGGCCUCCGAGCCCCGGCCCCGGAGCCCCCCGAGCCCUGGCUGUAGCCCGAGGCCGCGGUCGGGGAGGGGCGGGGCCUCGCGCGGCCACGCCCACUCCGU